GGGUACGAAGAGUAGGUAAGGUGCGAGUACAUUCAUUCUAUUCAUACACCGAGAGAGAGAGAGAGAGGAAAGCAGCGAAACCAAGAGAAGAGUGGCAUCGUUGGUUUUCGCUUCAAUUCAUCUUCGCUCAACCUUCUACAAUGUUCUACCGAGGUAAAUUUGCUGAUGGUGGUGAUGGGCGUGAAAUGGCUGCAAAACGCCAGCGCACUGUUGAUCCAGGAUCUUCAUUCUAUGGUGCUUCCACUGGUUCCAAUUUUAUGUACAACCCAUCUCCUUAUGGAUAUGUCAGCCAACCUCCUCCUCCACCUUUUCCUGUUGUUCGGCUGCGUGGCCUUCCCUUUGAUUGUACUGAAACUGAUGUGGCUGAGUUCUUCCAUGGUCUAGACAUAGUCGAUGUCCUUUUUGUUCACAAAGGUGGCAAGUUCACUGGGGAAGGCUUCUGUGUUCUGGGGUAUCCUCUUCAAGUUGACUUUGCUCUUCAAAGAAACAGACAGAACAUGGGUAGAAGAUAUGUUGAAGUUUUCAGAAGUAAGAGGCAGGAAUACUACAAGGCAAUCGCAAAUGAGGUUUCAGAUGCCCGAGGUGGUUCACCUCGUCGAAGUGCUUCCCGGGCCAAAUCAUAUGAUGAAGGAAAAGAUUCAGCUGAGCACACUGGGGUGUUGCGACUAAGGGGAUUGCCAUUUUCUGCAAGUAAGGAUGACAUAAUGGAAUUCUUCAAGGAUUUUGGGCUGCCAGAGGAUUCUAUUCAUAUUAUAAUGAAUUCAGAGGGAAGACCUUCUGGGGAGGCUUAUGCAGAAUUUGCAAGUGCUGAAGAUUCAAAAGCAGCAAUGGUAAAGGACAGGAUGACACUUGGCAGUCGCUACAUAGAGUUAUUUCCUUCAUCACCCGGUGAGAUGGAAGAAGCAAUUUCAAGAGGACGAUGAUUCUUUGGUGGGCUCUGAUUUGCUCUCCUGUAGUUAUACUUGUUAGCUUGAUCUUAUAACUAAAGAUUUUGGUCAAGGAUAUAUUUUAUUGCUGUAUUUGUUUUAGGAUCCAUAUGCUUUUUUUUUUUUAAUACGCAGAUGAGAAAUAUGAGCAGCUGCUAAGAUUGAAUAAUGUGGAUUUAUUUGUUUAUGGGCGUCCAGCAUCAUGUUUUCUUCUAUGACUUGUUUAUUUAGGAUGCAAAAAAAAAUAUCAUGCCAUGGUGCCUUAGUGCAUUGAGUGGGAUUUGGCAGGGUGGCACCAAGGCAAGUUGUUUAGAUCUGGCUUUUGAUUUUCCUAGCAUGGUUUUAGUACUGCAGCUUACUAAGAAUGAGUAGGUGGAUAUUUGUUUAUUAGGCAAAUACUGCAGCUUACUUGGUUCAUUACGAAACAAA